CUGAAAGACGAAGGGAAGCACUCUCCCACUUGACCGGAUCAGCUUCGGCGGGUCCCGCACCAAGUGGGCCGCAAAGCUCCAGGAACCCCCAGUUCUCUUGCCGUAGCCACGGCCCGUAGCACAGCGUCGUAUCGAGUAGUCGCACACGAAGAAAAGAGAGAACCCAUCCCGCUUGAGCAGUUCAAGCAUUACCUCACCCCCUGUACUUUUGGCAGACAUCUCACGAGCGUAGUCAUCACUGAAUCCGCCAAGUCACGAAGACGAGACGAAGAACAUGGCAUCCAGCAAACUGUACAAUGACCGAGGAGGCCAAAGCCCACUAGUAGCGGUAUGCAUGGGCUCCGACACGGAUCUCGCCACUCUGCGCCCAGGGCUCGAACUGCUCGACACUAUGGAGAUCCCCUACGAGGUGCACAUCACCUCCGCCCACCGCACGCCGCAGUACAUGCUCGACUUCGGGCGUGCAGCAGCCGGCCGCGGCUUCAAAGUCAUCAUCGCGGCCGCCGGUGGCGCAGCGCAUUUGCCAGGCAUGAUUGCCUCCGAGACCAUCCUGCCGGUCAUCGGAGUGCCGGUGAAGGCGAAGGCGCUGGACGGGCUGGACAGUUUGAUGAGCAUUGUUAGCAUGCCACGGGGGGUGCCUGUUGCGACGGUGGGGAUUGGGAAUAGUGUGAAUGCAGCCGUGCUUGCGGCGCGGAUUGUGGGGACGAGCGAUGAGAAGGCGGCCAAGUGGGUUGCGGCGCAUUUGAAGCAGAUGGAUCACGACAAUAUGGAGAAGGAGCGCAGGCUGCAGGACGAGGGAUGGUUGAAGUAUCGCAAGCUGGACGAGUGAGGUUGUGUCUUCCGUGCGAGGAACGGCACGGGGUGUAAGCAGACAUGCCGUCUCUGUCAGCUAGCAUUGAUCGCAGAAGAAUCGAAUGGCUUUCAUCAGGGGUAUUGAGCGGGUCGAGGGUGCAUUGAUGGCCUUGGCGUGUUUCGUCGUUGCUAUAAUUGGAGUUUCUUACAUCCCAAG